AUGCUCAAGAAAAAACGUAAGGCUGAUGAGGUGGUCGAUGUAAAGAGGAUUUUGAAGGUUAUAGUGGGAUUAUUAAAAGAUAGGGUAUCAGCUAGUGAUAAGCCUGUAUCUAAGAAGCGUCACGUGGAAGAAAAAAUCAAGAUUAAGAUUCAAAAAUAG